AGUUAAAGAAAUACACGAUGAAUGUGACUCUCUAACAAUCAAACAAGUCUUUGCCAUUUUUUUUUUCUUGGAGCGGAGUUUUAUUUCUGAAACCGUCCUUCUCUUCUCUUCCAAUGGCUCUGAUGCGAACCAGGAGCCAAUUGAACGUUUCUUCACCACCACCUCUUCCCUCACCGAUCCCUAGAGCCAGAGGAUCUCGUUCCGCCGCGAACGAGAUCCUCACCGAGAUCAUAGAGAAAUCGAUCCAGGUCCCUGAGCUAACGCUCCCUGAAUCACAUUCCGGAGGUGAAUCUUGCGGCUCACGUCACCCGAUCCCUGCGGAGAUUGAUUUUCGGUUAUUAACGUCGAGGAGAGAAGGAUCGGUGGAUCGUCUGGUGCGAUCCGCGAGGGAGUUUGGAGCGUUUCGUGUGAGCUACCAUGGGAUAUCGAGCGAGGAGAUGAGGUCUCUCGUGAGGGAAUCGGGUCGGGUCUUCGGAGUUUUGGAGGGAAGAGACACGGGUUUUCGGAGGAGUGUUGUCGGAAACAGAGACGAGAUUGUUUGGGUUCGGUCGUGGAAAGAACGGAUGGAAUGGGCGCGCGAGUAUAUCGGACCGGAAAGAUACCGCUGCUUCAGCCAAGAAAUGGAGAAUGUAGCUGAUAAACUUGAAGGUGUAGCAAGGAAGCUAGGGAAAAUCAUGGUGGAGAACUCGAGGAGACAGACUGAUAAGAGGAUACAAAGAGGAGAAUCUGUGCUCAGCGUUUACAGGUACAAUCAUGAGAACGUAACAGAGCAAAGCCCUCCUUUGCUUAAAGAGACGACCGAAGAAAUGCUUCAAUACACACUCAGCCUUCACCUUCCGGCUAAGAACUGCGAGUUCCGUGUCAAUUCAGGGAAAGGCGGUCCACUUUCUUUCCAUGCUGAUCCUGAUACUAUUCUCGUCACGUUUGGUCGUCAACUUGAGGAAUGGAGCUUAGGAGAGUUCAAAUGUCGUCAAGGAGAAAUCAUUUAUCAUCCAGAUGUGUAUGGCUCGCGCACUUCCUUCUCCGUAGAGCUCAAGUGCAUGUCUCUUUUCUUAUCGCAUGCUUCUAUUGCAAAAACUUCCAAAACGUUCUCUUUAACCCAUCAGAUUUUCACUUCGUUACUCCUACUCUUUUUCUUCCAGUUCUUUUGGAGUUAUGGAUCCCAUACGGCCACUUAGAAAUUCCAAAUAUAUAUACUUAUUUUUUUUAUGGGAGACAUGCGUACAUUUGAAUGUUUAUGGACUGGUAUAAAGUGUGUAUUAGGUUGAACCUUCGGUUGUACUUGUAUAUGUAACACAAGGCAGCAAAAGAAACCAACACAAAACUAUGUGUGUGCCUUUUAUCAAAGAGAUCUCUUUAUUAAAUGCCAAUAUAGAAUUGUUUGUCUA